AUGUUGUGGAGUAUCUUCGCAUCUCUUCUCGCGGCCGGCUUGGUGACCGCAGACAAUAUCACGGCCACCGUCAACCUCAGCGUUUCAAAGGGCAAGCCCGUUCACUGGGCUUCUGGUUUUAUCUAUGGCAUCCCCGACACCCCAAAUCAAAUCCCCGAUCAUUGGUACACCGAUAUAGGUUUCCGUUAUGGCCGUGCUGGAGGUGCACAGCUUGAGGCGCCCGCACGAGGUUGGAUCUGGGGAUUGUCAGAAUACAAAGGCCGCCUUGAAUCAACCUUGUCAAACUACCGAACUUGUCGCAAGUACGGUGCUGACUUUAUUCUGCUACCACACGAUGUAUGGGGAACCGAUCACGCCAAUUCUUCGACAGUUUGGCCCGGUGAUGGAGGCGACUGGUCAGAUUAUGACUUGUUCAUCAAGACCUUGAUGAAGGAUCUCAAAGCAAACAAUGCACUGAAGGGUCUGGUUUGGGAUAUUUGGAAUGAACCAGACAUUAGCAUCUUCUGGGAACGCGAUCAGCAGCAGUGGAUUGACUUGUACAUUCGUACACACAAGCUCCUUCGAGAGGAUCCAAGCUUCCACUCAGUUCAGAUUUCGGGCCCAUCGUUGGCCUAUCGCCCAGUGUCUGGGAAUACUUGGUGGAGCAACUGGCUGGCUCAGAUUGCAGGCAACAAGACUAUCCCUGAGCAAUAUUCCUAUCAUCUGGAAGGCGAAACGAGCGAUUGGGACAAUGAUCUUCAAAACACGAACGGCACACUUGCGACGCUUUUGCAAAAUUACGGUCUUCCUGAUCGCCAGAUCAACAUUAACGAGUAUGCAAAUUAUGGCGAGCAAGUCCCCGCUGGAGCCGCGUGGUGGAUCUCGCGAUUGGAAAGAUACAAUGCAUUUGGACUGCGUGGGAAUUGGCUUGGUGGAUGGACAUUGCACGACCUCAUGGCUAAUCUCCUUACCAAAAAGUCGGACCCAACUGAUUAUAAUGCGACCGACUACGCCCCGGCUCCAGAGUUCCAGGUCUAUAAAUACUACAAGGGGAACAUGACAGGACACCGUGUCGAAACUUCCGGCACUGGAGAUCGCCUGUUCGACGUCUAUGCUACGGUCGACUCGGACAAAGUUCGCAUUCUUUCAGGAACACGCAUCACAGCAGGAAAUUGGCAGAUCACCGUGACGGGGAUGAGUGCCGUCGGACUCCCAUCUGAAGGCACGGUUGAUAUUCAGACCUGGGGAUUUGCGGGCACUUCUGUGUAUGAAGAAGUGGAUUCCCCGAGUGACCGCGGCAUUGUCUCGCAUACUUACUCCGGUGACGUGUUGACUUUCCCUAUUUUCCAAACUGAUGCUAGCACGGCGUGGGCAUUUGAAUUCAGCCGGUAG